GUCUUGCAACACACCACGAGGCAGAAGAAUCCUUUUCCCUCUGCAGCCGCUCCUUCUCUGUGGAUUCUCCCCCCCUCGCAUCCCUUUCGAACGCCUCGAAAAGCUAUGCCGAGGAGCCCUCUCACCUCCAAAGGUUGGCUUUAGACCAUAACACGAUAGAAAAGUGGAUGGGGACAUGUGAGUGCAGCGGUGGCGAUAGGCGUCGACGGAGAAAAGAUGAGGAGGCAACCCAACCCAAAGACGGUGUCACAUUUCAGCGGGUGGCUUUCUUCGAUAUCAACAAGUAGAACGCUGUACUCGACUACACGCAACAUUAGAACGCAGCUUGUCUUCUGCUGGUCGUGUCAAUGGGGGUAGCGUGGCAUGGCGCCGUCUUCGUCCGUGUCAUUGGAUUCAACCUAAUAAGCCGGAGGAAGGAGAUCGCAAAGCCUCUUCGUUCGACUCCACAAUAAUGGCUUGCUGUUGCUACGAUCGCUAUCAGGUGGGACACUUCAUAUGCCGAAACAGAGCCACCGGUCUUAGAGCCCAUUCAAUAGCAUCAUCACUCGGUAUAUUUUAGUAGCGAGCAGGUCUCGGGCUUCCAAGUAACUUUAGCGACAGAGAGAGAGAGAGAAGGGAUGUGACCACCGCUUUUGUCUCGCACACCUAUCGUUCUCUCUUUUGACGCCCUUUUCCCUGUGUUAUUCACCUCGAAGGGGUUCGUUCUCCAUGUCGGCUUCCUUCUUCUUCUCUCUCUCUCUCUCUGUAGGUUGUCUGUGAAACCUUGCCGGAACGGUUGAAUCAAAGAGCGGUCUUUCUUUUGGUGCAAUGGAAGCAGCAAAAGCCGAGUCUCCUCCUCCUCCUCCUCUUCUAGUGGAGUUGUCGGUAGAGGCGCUGAGUCUCCUCUCAAGAUGUUAUCUUUCCCUAUCCAACCACUCCUCCCACCCUCUCUUCGCAGUCCUCGCCGCCGCUUCCAUCCUUGCCUUCCUCUACCUCCCCCGCACACUCCUCCCCCUCCUCCUCUCCCCCAUUCCCAUCUCCACCUUCCUCCUCCUCGCCGCCCUCUUCCGCCUCCGCUCCCCGCCGCCCAACUCCCUCGCUGCCGCGGCCGCCGUCGAGGAGGAGGUAACCCCAGUUCUCUCGGAACCCAAGCCCGAGGCCAAGGCGGUGGAAUCCACCGAUUACCAUCAAAAUGUGAUCUUUCGCGAUGCUUUCACCGACUGCCUCCGCUGGAGCGGACCGCUCGAGGUCAUAUACGAAGACUACGAGGGGGAGGAAGAGAACGAGGAGUCCCGCUGCAGAGGACGCUCGCAGGAACAACACUCGAAGUGGGCCCAAAAUGAAAAUUUGGGAAGCGGGCGACUGUGGCCACUCCGGUUCGCGUGCGACGACUCCGAUACCGACAGCGAGGGCGGCUCCCCGGCCGCGUCGGGGUCGAGCUCGCCGGCGGAGCCCCGGCUCCCGUGGGAGGACGAAGAGCAAGGGGACGACAUGAUCGAGAUCGAUCUCGAGGAGGAGAACCUCAUCGAAAUUGAUAUCUCUGGCGGUCGGUGAUCGAGAGGUCCCUACCGUCGCCAGCGGCGGCGGAGUGGAAGAGGGAGUUUUCUGCGACCGUCGUUUUCGGUCUGUAGACAACUUUGCUUGAUGACAUAAUCCAUCAGGCAACACAAUAGGACGAGUUUGUAUUCGACGAGAAGAAAAAGGACUACAACAUCAAAUACGGAUUUCCAUCUCAAUAU